GGGAUGGCUCCUGGGUAUGAGUUCCCUCCCAGACAAAGUUCGGUUCCUUCGUAUACGUACUACUCGUCAUCUACACCUACGCCACAAACCGCAAACUACAGGCACCUCCCUGAGCGGCCGAACAUGGGGCAGCCGAUGGGAGCUAUGCCAACACAACCUGGCACAAGCAUUGAUUAUGAGGGGUACGCUACGAGCGGUAAUACCGGUGUGUCUCAGCAACCAAUGCAGCACAUGCAGCACUAUGAGCAACACCCAUCCGAGCAAUACCAGGCUCCAACAGCACCUUCGAAUCAGGGCGAUGUCAACUAUGAGAUACAACAGCAAGUGAGGACGAUUCCUCAGAGAGAGUCAUAUGCUCGAGCUCGGCAGGAGGGGUGGCCGAAUCAGCAGCAUAUGGGAGGAGGAAGCGGUAGUGGACAGCAGCAAUCGUAGGUCAUAGUAGGUAUUGGAGAGCAUCGUUGGAGUUGGAGUCGUGCUUGUGUGGCUUAUGUUAGGAUUAUUUAUGGGACAUAUAGGAGUUCUGUCGUUUCUUACAGGGACGGUCAUUCGUUGGGA